AUGCCAUCCCUAGUGGUGUCUGCUGCAGCAGCAGCACCAGAAGCAGCAGCGGCCUGCUUCGCACGGAAGCCAGCAGAAGCAGCAGCAGCCGCAGCAGCAACAACAGCAGCGGCAGCAACAGCAUCUGUUAUUUCGGCCUCAGGAGCAGCAGCAGCAGCAGAACACUGCAGCAGCCGUGUUGCUGCUGCUGCGCUACUGCAGCAAUUCGAUGUCUUCGUCUUUGAUUGCGAUGGUGUUCUGUGGCACGGCAGCAAGUUGCUGCCAGGUAUACGCGAGAUGCUGCAGCAGCUGCAGCAAACCCCUCGCACCUGCAGCACCAGCACCAGCAACAGCAACACCUGCAAGAGCGUGUACUUUCUCACGAACAACAGCACACUCAGUCGUAAAGGAUUCGUCGCCAAGUUAAACAAGCUCGGCAUCGAUGCAACGGAGCACCAGGUUCUGUGCACAAGCUAUGCAACUGCCAGAUUCAUCCUCUCCCAACAACAACAACAGAAGCAGCAGCAGCAGCAGCAGCGCAGCUGCAACGGCAGUAUCACGCAGCAGCAGCAGCAGCAACGAGUGUAUGUGGUGGGAGAACAGGGUUUGUUGGAUGAGCUGCGCAACAAUGGCAUUGAUGCCUUUGGAGGUCCCGAAGAGUCGUAUGAGGCGAUAGAUUUUAGUACGGAUCCUGGUAUUUGCGUAAACCCUGAUAAAUGGGCGGGCGCAGGCACGAUGGUUGCUGCUGUUGCUGCUGCUACGCAGCAGCAGCCGGUCCUCAUGGGGAAACCCUCGGAGGAGAUGAAGCGUUUAGUCCUGGACACCUUAGGAGAGAGCUUGGAUCGUGUAUUGCUGGUGGGGGAUUCCCUUCAAACAGACAUCGCCUUUGCUGCUGCUGCUGCACUUAAAAGCUGCCUCUGUCUUACAGGCGUCACUGAUGGUGUGCUGCUGCGCAGCGCAUUCGCUGCUGCUAAGCUCGACAGCAGCACAAACACCAGCAACAACAGCAGCAAUGGCAGAGAGCAGCAGCAACCUAAAGCAGUCCUCCCUGACUUUAUUAUAGAUACAGCAGCGAACCUGUGCCCUAAACCCCACAGCAGUUGA